UGCUCGGGCCUGUCCUACUCCAUGGACCUGUGCAAGACCGAGGACAUCGUGCCCGAGGAUCACGUGGAGCUCUGGGAGGACGACCUCAAGGUCGUCAUCGACGCCAAGUCCAUGCUCUACCUCUUCGGCCUCGAGCUCGGCUACUCCAACGAGCUCAUCGGCGGCGGCUUCAAGUUCAACAACCCGAACGCGGAGGAGUCCUGCGGCUGCGGGACGUCCUUCGGGAUCUAA